AUGACAGUGUUGGUGAAUUGUGGUGCGGGGUUUAAUAAAAAGGUUUCUCCCAUUGAGUAUGAAACAGAGGCGUCACAGCGUCUCGUAGAUGCUGCAAAUUACGGGGACACAGACUCUGCCUUCGCAUGUGUCGCGAAUCACUUUGUGGACCUGAACUUCGUCGGAACGGUGUCGUUGAAGUCCAAAACGACGGAGAUCGUGCUGCAAGACGGGUUGCCUCACCAAGUUCUGUUUGGGUACGAGGAGUUCAAAACCGAGGUCACUGCUCUGUUCUUGGCUGCGCAUAAUGGGAAUUUGACACUCCUCCGCAAGCUAUUGCGUGCUGGAGCUAGUGUAAAUAUGAAAUUGUUCCGGGACUAUGCCACAACAGCUUCAGUGAGGGAAGGCGAUCUAAAAGUAUUGGAAGUCCUUAUCAAUAAUGGGGCAUCACAAAUUGCAUGUGAGGAGGCUUUAAUGGAAUCAAGCCACUUUGGACGGCCCAGAUUUGCUGAACUACUCAUGCAGUCUGACAUGAUCCGUCCUGAAGUUGCAGUUCAUGCCCUUGUAUCUGCUUGUUGCAGAGGCUUCGUUGAGGUUGUUGAUGUACUCAUCAAGCACGGAGUGGAUGCCAAUGCAAUUGAUAGAACUUUGCUUCAAUCUUCAAAGCCAUUUCUUUACGCUAAUGUUGAUUGCAAUGCAUUAUUUGCUGCCGUUGUCAGCAGACAGAUUAAUGUUGUCAGAUUACUCUUGCAGGUUGGGGUACGGCGUGAUAUCAAGGUGAAACUGGGGGCAUGGUCAUGGGAAACGGAUACAGGAGAAGAAUCUCGUGUAGGUGUUGGACUAGCUGAGGCAUAUCCAAUCACGUGGUGUGCUGUGGAGUAUUUUGAAUCCACAGGUUCCAUAUUGAAAAUGCUACUCUGCCCCUGCUCGCUUAAUAGUUGGCAUAUUGGGAGGACUCUCUUGCACCAUGCCAUCGUUUGUGACAAUGAAAAAGCCGUAACUAUACUUCUAAAUAGUGGUGAAUUUACUGAAUUGGCAGUGCAAACUACUGAAGAAACCAAUGUACACCCUAUUCACAUGGCUGCAAGGUUUGGAUCAUGUAACAUUCUUAAAAGCCUGAUUAAUGCUGGUUGUAACUUGGACUCCCAAACAAAAUCUGGAGAUACAGCAUUGAUGAUCUGCAUAAGGCAUAAACAUGAGGAGUGCCUUAGAGUCCUAGCAUCAGCAGGUGCUGAUUUGGGAUUGGUAAAUUCAUUUGGUCAAUGUGCAACUUCAAUUGCAAACUCUCUUCAGUGGACUGAAGUCUUCCAUAAAGUAAUUUUGGAUGUUAUCAGAGCCAGAAAGGUUGUUAAAUCAAGCAAUGCCUCUAGAUUUUCUGCUUUGUUAUUUGUAACUCAAGCAAACAAUAUAAAGGGUUUGAAGAGACUCAUUGAAAACAAGAACUUGGAUAUAGAUGAGCAAAAUGGCAAUGGAUUUUCAGCUGCAAUGAUAGCUGUUGCAGAUGGUAGUGUAGAGGCUUUCAAGUUGCUACUUUAUGCUGGUGCUGAUGUAGCUAAGCUUAAAAACAAGAAUGGUUUGACAGCACUUGAUCUCAUAGAAAUGAACCCAAAUGAGGAAGUGUUUCACAAGGUGAUAAUUAAAUAUGCAUUGAAAAAGGGACGCAAUGCUUCCAUUGAGAUGAAACCUCUCCACAUUGCAGCUCGCUAUGGGGACAUAGAUAGUGCUCAUAAACUAUUAAAUGAAGGGUACGAUGUUAAUGCUUUGGAUGGACAUGGAUAUACCCCAUUGAUGCUAGCGGCAAGAGGAUGCCAUGUUGAUAUGUGUAAGCUUUUGCUCUCACAUGAUGCCAAAUGUUAUAUUGAGAAUGAGAAACAUGAGACAGCACUUUCACUUGCUAGAGAAAAUGGUAGAGGAAAUGAUGCUGAGCGUGUGAUAAUGGAUGAGCAAGCUCGAAGAUUAGUGUUGUAUGGGGCUAAUGUGAUGAAGCAUACAAAGUGUGGUAAAGGGUCACCUCAUAGCAAGGUACUGGUAAUGGUGGAGGAUGCUGGAAUUCUAAAAUGGGGAAAAUCAAACAAGAGAAAAGUGGUUUGUAAAGAGGCUGUGGUUGGAACAAGUAAAAGUUUUCGAUGGAACCGCAGAAAAAAGUUUGAUGUUGAUGACCCAGGAAUGUUCCAUGUAAUAACUACAGAAGGUAAGCAGGUUCAUUUUGUAUGUGAAGGUGGGAUUGAAAUGGCUGAGAUGUGGGUAAGGGGGAUUAGAUUAGUGACAACAGAAGCUAUUUUUGGCAGAAAAAGAUGA